AUGUCCACAGUUGCUUUAUUACAGUUCGUCAGUAAUCUUAAAUCUCGGCAUGAACAUGUCCGUCUCAAAGCUGUAAACGAUUUAUCACUUUAUGUGAAAAGUGAGCUGAGGGAAGCAACUGCUGAUGAAAUAAACAGUUUCCUAGAUGAGUUUAAUCAUCACAUCUUUGAGAUGGUAUCCAGCAAUGAUAUCAAUGAGAAAAAAGGAGGAAUACUUGCUAUUGUUUGCUUGAUAGGGGCUGAUGUAGGGAAUAUGACUUCCAGAAUAAGUAGAUUUGCAAAUUAUUUACGAAAUUUGCUACCCUCAAGUGACGUGGGGGUGAUGGAGCUUGUAGCUAAGGCUAUGGGCCAUCUAGCUAUUGUGUCUGGAUCCAAAGCUUCUGAAUAUGUCGAAUUUGAAGUGAAAAGGGCAUUUGAAUGGUUGCAGGAAGACAAGGCUGAUGUAUGUUUGUAUUUAUCUAACAUCACCUAA